CUUAUCCCCAACCAAAUGGAAGCAACCACCACGAGCCGCGUCCUCCUGCCGUUCCGCGCCGCGCCGCCGCGAGCAGCGGCGGCCGGCGCGGUCGCCUGGCCCCGACGCCGAGCGGGUACGAGAAGACGGAUCCGGCUAGUCCCCGCCCGCGCGUCGCUCGACCGCGCCGCCGUCCUCCUCGACGCCGCCGUCGGGACCGGGUACUCGCAGGCAAGCUACUACACGUCGCUCGGGCUCUUCGUGCUCUCCGUGCCGGGCCUCUGGUCGCUCAUCAAACGGUCCGUCAAAUCCAAGAUUGUGCAGAAGACGUUUGUGAAGGAGGAAGGGCAGCCGAUGGCGCCGAAUCUGGUGGCUGGGGAGAUCCUGUCUUUUUUCACCCGUAACAGUUUCACCGUCUCUGACCGUGGCGAGGUCAUCACCUUCGAGGGCAGAAUGAUACCAAGCAGAGGACAAGCAGCACUUCUAACCUUUUGCACCUGCAUUAGCCUCGGGAGCGUUGGGCUUGUUCUUUCAAUUGCAGUCCCAGAAGGUGGCAACAACUGGUUCUGGCUUAUGACCUUAAGCCCCUUGGCGGGAGUGUACUAUUGGACAAAAGCAUCAAGGAAAGAAGAGAUCAAGGUGAAGAUGGUCUUGUCAGACGACGGGAACGUAUCUGAGGUUCUUGUGCGAGGCGAUGAUGUACAGGUUGAGCAGAUGAGAAAGGAACUCAAGUUCAGUGAGAAGGGAAUGAUAUAUGUGAAGGGAAUAUUUGAAACAUGACCCGUAGCUUCAUAUCCGGAACCAGACAAACGGCUGAAAAACAAGGCUUUCCUGUGAAGCAAACUGAAUGUGAGAGAGGAGGGGAGGGUGUAUGUUUUGAAUAUGUACUGUACGGGCAAAUCUGCAUCUUGGCUUCAAGAAAUAGAAAUUAUCAUCAUGUGUAAAAUUGUAAGGAGAGUGUUGGCCAUACUAGAACAAUAAUGCAUUAUUACCCUGUGGGACAAGUUUUUUGUGGAGAAAGGAAGUUGGGGAUUCUAUGACAGAUGGAAAUAAUUUUUAAUAGAAAUGAGAAGGAUGGAGGAAAUUGAAGAGAAAA